ACUUGCCUGCGGCCCAUGGGUGGGUGGAAGAGGGUCUGGUGUAAAACGUUGGGUUUUUCUCCCUUUUCCAGGAAGGCCAUUGAGGGGCUCUUGGCCCUGAGCGAUGAAGGCUGCUCUCCCAUCUCCAUCCAGCAGAUGGCCUACGUGGCUGGCCUUGGUUUUGGGCUCAUGAGUGGGGCCUUCUCCAUGAUCAACCUGCUGGCAGAUGCUCUGGGCCCUGGCACCGUGGGCAUCCAUGGGGACUCCCAGCUGUACUUCCUAACUUCUGCCUUCAUGACCCUGGUGCUGAUCCUGCUGCAUACCUUCUGGGGAAUCAUCUUCUUCCAUGGCUGUGAGACCCGGCGCUGGUGGGAGGUGGGAGCCGUUGUGCUCACCCACCUCAUCAUCUCUGGCCUUACGUUCUGGAACCCCCUGUACCUGGGCAGCCUCCUCCCAGCUUACCUGCUUAUGGCAGCCUCUGCCGUCUGGGCCUAUCUCCUCUCUGGCGGCUCAAAGCAGAACCUGCGCCACUUCCUCCUCUGUCUACGGAGUGGGACCACAACCCAGCCUGGAUCCUGAGCCGCGUCCCACUGCCCUUUCAUCACAGCCUGUUUUUCGGAGCAAGUGGCUGGUCGGAGGGGGCAGGAUGGUGCUGUGCCUUUGGGAGCAUUUCUCCACUCAUGGAAUGGACCAGGAUUGAGGGACCUGAAGGGGAGGCUGACCCCUCUCCUAAACCAUUUUCAGCCAAGACUGCACUGGAAGCUCCUGGGUGCCUCUCCUUGAACAGGAGGGGCCCGAACAGCCUUCCUGAACCAUGUAACCCUAAAGCAAAAGCUGGUGACAGCCGCCUCCUUCGCUUUCUGUCCAUCUGUCACUCUGCAAGGCCCAGGAUCUCACCAGGAACUGGGGGCGGGAUGGGGAGGGGGCGGGAGGGGCUGAUGCCAGGUGGUGACAUGGGGCACAGUGAGACUGCUGGGAGUCUGCCCAAAGUGUGCCAGCUGAGUCCUGCUUUCAGGGAAGCUGAAUGGGCAGGUGCUGGGAGGUGUCCUUGCCCAGGGCCAGGGGAGGGUGGCUGCUUCCCAACUGGUGUCUUUCCUGCAUGGAUGGAGACACACCUGUAAUGCUUUUGUACCAAUAAAGAAGGGUUAAAGAAGAUG